GUGAGAUACUUUCCCAAGCCACUAAACACUUCCUGCUCAGAACCUAUUUCUUAACUACCACGGCCAUUCAAGACCCUACAUCGAAAAUGCAAGCUCAGUCACCGGUGGUCAUUGUGACUCAGCCUGGAUGUGGUCCCGUGGCCCAAACCUCCAACUGGCAGACAGGCAUGUGUGACUGCUUCAGCGACUGUGGAGUCUGUCUCUGUGGCACAUUUUGUUUCAUGUGCCUUGCAUGUCAAGUUGCAGCUGACAUGAAUGAAUGCUGUCUCUGUGGGACAUCCGUUGCAAUGAGGACCCUCUACCGGACCCGAUAUGGCAUCCCUGGAUCCAUUUGCGAUGACUAUAUGGUGACGCUUUGCUGUCCUCACUGUUCUCUUUGCCAAAUCAAGAGAGACAUCAACAGAAGGAGAGCCAUGCGUACUUUCUAAAAAAACUAAUGGUGAAAAGCUCUUAUUGAAGCAACUAAAGUUAGCAGACACCCUUCAGCUUGAGUCCUCCUCUGCGUUUUGCAACUGAAAUAUGAUGGAUCUGUUUAAGCACAAUCGAUGGGGUAAAAAAAAAUGGAAUUUUGAUGUAUUUUAAAUGAAUGUUUUCCCUUAGUUUUGCUAAAUGGUCCAGCUUAGUUUCUCCUUGCUUUCAUAUUAUUAAAUUUUCUGGCUUAUGAAUUUUGUGUUACAUUUGGCAUGUAAACAAAAUAAAAGAUUUUACUAACAAGA